AACCUGAGCUCAACUAAGCAGAAGCAGAAGCAGAAGCAGAGAGACCUCAAAAGGAUAAAAACUCUUGAGAAAGAGAAGCUUGACACUCGAUGGUUCGUACCUGAUUUUUCCCUGUUGAAGAAACGAGCCCGUAUGUUAUGCAUACCAAUUAAGCUAAUGCUAUUAUUAUUAUGACGAUGAUGGAGCCAUCAAAAUCAUCUCUACGCUUCAUAGCCUACCAAAGAUUCUUCACAGCCGUCCGAUCAGGCGACCUUGACUCUUUGAAACAGAUAGUGGGGGAGCAGCCAUCUGAUGUGUCUGAUCUAAUGUCUUUACAGACUAAUGCAGGAGAGACUGCUUUGUAUAUAGCUGCUGAUAAUAAUUUGGAAGAGGUUUUUAGUUGUUUGGUAAAGCUUUGUGAUUUUGAAACUGUGAAGAUCAGGUCUAAGUCUGACUUGAAUGCCUUCCAUCUUGCUGCUAAGAAGGGUCACUUGGGCAUCGUGAAGGACCUUUUGGUCAUGUGGCCUGAGCUUUGCAAGUUAUGUGACUCCUCCAAUACUAGCCCCCUCUAUUCAGCCGCUGUUAAAGAUCACCUGGAUGUGGUGAAUGCCAUACUGGAUGUUGAUGUCAGCUCAAUGAGGAUAGUGCGUAAAAAUGAGAAAACUGCUUUGCACACAGCUGCCAGGUAUGGCCUUCUUGAUAUGGUAAAAGUGCUUAUACAUCGUGAUCCUGGUAUUGUCUGCAUCAAAGAUAAGAAAGGCCAGACUGCACUCCAUAUGGCUGUAAAGGGUCAGAGUACUUCUGUUGUAGAGGAGAUAUUCCUUGCUGAUCGCUCAAUACUAAAUGAGCGUGACAAGAAAGGUAACACGGCAGUGCACGUAGCGACAAGGAAAUCGCGCCCCCAGAUAAUAAGCCUUUUGCUGAACUAUAUAUCUAUUGAUGUUAACAUCAUCAAUAAUCAGCAUGAAACUGCGAUGGAUUUGGCUGAUAAACUCCCAUAUGGAGAAUCUGCCUUGGAAAUCAAGGAAGCUCUCACAGAGGCUGGUGCCAAGCAUGCUCGGCAUGUUGGUCAAAUGGAUGAAGCAAUGGAACUUAAGAGGACAGUUAGUGAUAUCAAGCACGAGGUGCAUUCACAACUUAUACAAAAUGAAAAAACCAACCGAAGAGUUUCUGGUAUUGCAAAAGAACUAAGGAAAAUCCAUAGAGAAGCUGUCCAGAAUACAACCAACUCUGUCACUGUUGUUGCUGUUCUUUUUGCCUCGAUUGCUUUCUUGGCUAUCUUCAACUUACCGGGGCAAUAUAUACAGGAUGGAGCUGAAACAGGGAAAGCUUAUAUAGCUGACAAUGUUGGUUUUCAAGUUUUCUGCCUCUUAAAUGCAACAUCUCUCUUUAUAUCAUUAGCGGUUGUUGUGGUUCAGAUCACUUUGGUGGCCUGGGACACUCAGGCUCAGAAACAGUUAGUCUCCAUAGUUAACAAGCUGAUGUGGGCUGCCUGUGCUUGCACUUGUGGAGCAUUUCUGUCAAUAGCAUUUGUGGUUGUAGGAAAGAAAAGUUCUUGGAUGGCUAUAACCAUAACUUUAACAGGGGCACCAAUUCUAGUUGGGACACUAGCAAGCAUGUGCUACUUUGUUUUCCGGCAGCAUUUUGGAGCUUUCCGGGAUUCCCAGAGGCGCAUCAAAAGGGCAAGUGGAAGCAAAUCGUUUUCUUGGUCAGUGUACUCGGCAAAUAUAUCAGACCCUGAUGAGUACAACUCGGAUCUGGAGAAGAUCUAUGCUUUAUAAAUACUUAAUUGAAAAAUGAAUAUGUAAAUAAGAUGCUCUGACUACUUAAUUGUCUCUUUGGCGCCGUCUGCACGACUGUUUUUUUAUCCUUCUUUCCCAGCCAAGAUUUAGAUAGUAUUGUUGGUUGGUUAUAGGGUUUGGAUUUUAAGGUGCAAGGAAGCUUCCACUGGCAUGCUCCAGUUUUGUAAUCUUAAUGUGGAUUUUUGUAAAAUCGGGUGAAUUAUGAUAGUUUAUUGCAAUCGUCUUCA